UAAGCGAGAUUCGACUGCUUUGUUUCACCUAUUUUUUUUUAACUACUUUGUCAUGUUUUAUUCGACAAUCUGUUAUGUUUUAGAGAAGGUUACAGGUGAUGCUCUCCAUCACCUGUUGGGGCGUGUUAACCUCAAGUGGCGACCGCUAAGCUAUAUUUAUCGUGCUACAAAUGUCAGCAUACGGCGUGUAUUUUGUUUGUUUUUUCCAGUUUUUGACGAAUGUAAUGGAAAGCGAAAAACAAACUACUGAGAGAGAGACACCGCCUCAGCACUGGAGAUGUUGCAAGUUGAUUAUUGAUCCCGCUUUGACAAAAGGACUGUACAAAGUGUACCGUUUUGAUGGACAACAGUUUAACAUACCCGUUGAGGACUUAGGUCUGUUUCCUGUGGAGACAGUCAGAGAUCCCCGUGUCUGCCGCCUGUGGAGCAAAAGCAUCAAGACUGACUUUUUGAUUUCUAAAUUUAAGGUUGAUGAAUGGUAUGUUGGCCCAGUUCCUCCCAAAGAAGUGACAUUCUCCAGGUUGAAUGACAAUGUGAGGGAGGCAUUCUUGACAAAUAUGUGCAAUAAAUAUGGAAACAUCGAAGAAGUGGAAAUAUUCUACAAUCCUAAAAACAAGAAGCAUUUAGGGAUUGCAAAGGUCGUCUUCGACACAGUGAGGGCUGCAAAAGAAGCUGUCCAGAACCUCCAUCAGACGUCAGUGAUGGGAAAUAUUAUUCAUGUGGAAAUUGACCCUAAAGGUGAAAACAGGGCGCGAUAUCUCCAGCUCCUCAUACGUGGCCUUUAUACUCCUUGGACGUUGCCAGUUGGCAGCAACGAGCAAGCUAUUCAAAGCUUAAUUGACAGUUUGCUGAGCAGCACAGCCACACAGCGACAGGUGAUCAUCUCCAGCCCCACCAGCAUCGCCACACCCCUCUCUCUGGACACAGCCUAUUCCAGUAUUUGGCAGGAUACACCUUGCAGCUUUGGGCUUACUCCACGUUCUCAGGGAACCCCCCGCACUCCUUGUUUGUCUGCGACUCCUCUCUCCCAGGACUCUUGCUACUCCAGUCUUCAGGCGACUCCGGUCCUCCAGGGGGAGCCCUCCACCUACAGUGUUCACAAAGCUUCAAGAAGAGAGCUUUGCCAUCGAAAACCUGCUAGGUAUCACAGAGGAUCCUGUGAAGUUUCAGAUGUCAACUUAAUUUUGAAGCAUUGCCCAUCACACCCCCUUUCUACUCCUACACAAACUAGCAGCCAGAAGCUUGCACUGUGGGGUCACAAUGCACAACUCUCUUCUCACAAUAAUACAGAACCUUCCUUUAACCUUGCCUCCCCCUGUCAGGAGUCCAGAGAUGUGGUCACCGAUACCUCUAGGACUUUACAACGGAACUCUUUCAGCAUUUUGAGCAUUAACUUCACCGCUGAUCAGCAGAGAGCAGCAUCCUUCCCACCUGAUGACCACCCAUGCAUAACAGAGUUAUCUCCAACUGCUGUUAACUGUUCGUCUAGCAGCCCCCAGCCAGAGUUAGAGAGUUUGGACUCCCGCAUUGAAAGUUUGCUGACAAACAGCCAGAGAACUGACCCGUCAUACUUUGAUAGAAAUACCUUGCAGGAUGAUGUGCACUCUCAGGACAGCCCAACUUCACCAGCCUGCGCUCAUACCUCCCCUUUCUCAGAUGAUUCACUCGUUUGCAAUCAGACUUCUCCUGCCUUCACAACCAGCCACGAGCACUCCUACAAUAAUCCAACAUCACUCAUUGAAAAUGAGGAUGAUGAAACUACUCAAGCUGUUUUGUUUCUAACAAGAAACUCCCAGUCUCCUUCUGAUUUCACACACUUUGAAAGGAGGGCUCAUGAAAACAAUGAAAAAGAGACAGAAAGGUUCCAGUCAUUCUCAUGUCCGAAGGAGCAUCAUGCAGCAAUGGGGGAUAAUGAGAACUCAAACAACAGACAAUCCAGAGUUUUGACACCUGCAAAACCGAACUUCUCUCUUCCUCCUCCUCCUGCCAUUAAAUCUGGCACCCUUCCACCAAUCAACCCUUUCCCUUUCCCCAUUCCUCCCUUCCCUCCAUCUAUUCCACCUGUCCCGCCUCGCCUGCCAAAUGGCACCAUCCCCAUCCCACCUCCAGGUUGGAUCCCCCCUCCUGGCCAUCACGCCGGCGUCCGCAUCCCUCCACCCCCUAUUCCACCUCCUAUUCCACCCCGUAUUCCACCUCCUAUUCCACCUCCUCCUUCUAUUCCUCCUCCACCAGCUUUUCUUGGACCCCCUCCAGCUUUGAUGGUGCCGCCUUCUCUUCCACCCCCAGUGCACACGUACCCCUUACCCAUGGCGCCUGCAGGCCUUUUGAAUAAGGGGAAUCCUCCUCGACAUGGCAGUGUACCGCUACCAUUUCCUCGACCCCCCUGGCCCGCUCCACCUUUUCCCAGGUUUAACCCUUUUGUGCCACCACCAGACUACCCGCUUGUGCAGGAAAACCCUCACAAGGUCACAGUAGAAAAGGCUUUAGAAGUCAUCAUGGAUGAACUGAAGUCAAUCAUUAAAAAAGAUAUUAUGCGUAGAAUGACUGAAGGGAUCGCUUUCAAGGUAUUUGAGGACUGGUGGGACUGCCAAGAGCAGAAAGCAAAGAUGCAAGUUCCUCCGUUGAAAAGUGGAGCAGCAAGUGUUGAACAGAGGAAAAAACGUAUAAAUCCCUUCAGCCACAUCAACGACAAGAGCAAAAAACCUCCGCUGCCGUCUUUCAGGGUAAAAAGGAAAAGAGCCGAUGAUACUGCUGCAUCAGAAGAGAUAGAAAAUGUGGCGUGUUCUACUAAUGAAAGCUCUGAUGUGAAACAGGGGGAUGACAAAGUAACACCUGUGUCUGAGAGAGCCAAACGCAGACACGCAAGACCACAUGAGCUUGACAGUGAAGAUGAUGGUGAUGAUGAAGGGAAAGAAGAAGCUAACACUCUUCAAGAUGAAGAAAUAGCAUCAGACAAAGUGGAGGAUGUUGUGCCAGUUUGUGAUGAUCCUCAAAUCCUGCGCAACAGAGAAAAUGGUGAUGGUGGUGAUGGCAGCAGUCACUCUAAAGGAGAAGAGGCAGAGAAACAAGCGGAGAAACACGCAGAGGAUGAAGAUGCUGUCAUCGUCCAAACUAGUGAUGAUGUGCAGUGUUUAGACAGCGAAACUUCUUCAGAGAGCAGCUCCUCAGAGGAAAGUGAGUAUUCGUCAGACUUGGACUCCUCUGACUCGUUCUCCUCAGAAAGCUUUGAGGACUCGUUCUACUCUGACCUCAGUCCUGAUGAUGGAGACAUGGAGGAUGACAGCGGGGAUCACAGGAGUGUCGAGUGUAUCGUCAUAUCUUCAGACGAAGAAUCGAUGGAGCUUGAGCCCCCAGCCACUCCCGAAACCCCGCUUACCCCCGGUGCUCAGCUGGAUCUGGGCCUGCAGGACUGGUUAGAUCCAUUUCAUGGGGAGGAAAUUGAGGAGAACCAGUACACAGUCUGUCAACAAGACACCUGUGACUUGGAUGUUAUGAUGGAGCUCCAAACUAGUGAACAACAGGACCAUCUACGACCCCUGUCACCUAUAGGACUUCCAGCAGUGCUGCCACACCUUGAUGUAGAGAUGGAGAGCCCUGAAUGGACGGAAGAGUCACUUGUGAACAUAGAAAACCUGAGGCCUCUCACUCCUACUGGCUGCUUGCUGGACAGUGACCCUGACCUUCUGAUCAGAAGCAAACCCACAUCCCCAGCAGCGGAGGAGGUGGAACGACCGCAAACACCAGGCAAGGGGAUAGUGGCUGAACUAGAAAGCGAGGACUCUGAAGUCAUCUCCCUCUCUCCAAAGGGCAGAGAGCUUCUUCUGGCUCCCUCUGAUCCGCCGACCUUUUACCCAUCAUACCAGGAUAUGCCCAAAACUCCUGGUAGAGAGGAUAGACAUGGAUGGACUCAGUCUAGCUCUGGGAGAGCUCCAGCAACACCAGGCAGAGAGACAAUGUGCCCAACUCUCAGCAGCCCACCUCCUGUGCCGUGCCUGUCUAGCAAUCCAUAUAUCUCUGCCCCAAAGACUCCUGGAAGAGACAUCAUCCUUCCACGAAGAGCCAUAGUCCACAGGAGGAAAACGCAAAUGGUGACAACCUUACAACCCCUGUUUUAUGAUUCUCUCGGAUGCUCCCCCGUCACAGUGUCCUCUUCUUGCAGCCUUUCUGAGACUUCAUCAGACUCUGCUGAUGGGAGGAGCACGUGUAUCAGUUCAGGUGUGAGAGCAAAGCCCUUGCAGGGACUGGAGAAUAUGCCAGGGCUUCUGGAUGAGGAGAACAGAAGAGAGACAGAGAAAUCCUUAUUUAGGAGAAAACAUUUGAGGAGGCUAAAGAGGAGGUGGAGAAAUCAUCAUUGGUGGAGAUCACUUAAAAGAAUCACAGGUUCUCCCUCUUCGCACCGUCAUCCUCACAGGCGGCGGUCACUCUGUGAAGAGAGGAGGAUACUUCAGAGGGUUUGGAAGGAGGGCCUUGAUGAAGAAGAUGCAAGACUGCUGCAGUGUACAUAUGAAAGGCUGCAAGUGCGGGGAAAUGGCUUUGGGUGGAUCAGUGACACCCUGUGGAUACCUCACCCUCUGACUAAAGUCCUCACAGAGAAAAGUGAGGAACAGAGAUCCUGGCAGCCAAAUCACAGGACGGGCUCCGCUCGCAGUGAAGGAUUCUACAGAAUCAGCAGGAAAGAUAAACUGAAAUACCUCAACAACACAAAGCUGUCCACUGAGCUUCCAUCAACAAGUACUCAGCAGGGAAUGUGCAUCCCAGCCCAGCAGCCGACCUCACUGCGUGCUGGAUCCGACUUCCGGUCUGAACAGCGUCGCCUGCUGUCCUCUUUCAGCUGUGACAGUGACCUCGUCAAGUUCAACCAGCUAAAGUUCCGAAAGAAGAGGAUUCGCUUCAGCCGAAGUCAUAUUCACGAGUGGGGCCUGUUUGCAAUGGAGCCAAUAGCAGCUGAUGAGAUGGUGAUUGAGUAUGUGGGCCAAAUGAUCAGACAGGUCAUCGCUGACAUGAGGGAGCAGAGGUACGAGGAGGAGGGCAUUGGCAGCAGCUAUUUGUUCCGGGUUGAUCCUAACACCAUCAUUGAUGCUACUAAACUUGGGAACUUGGCCAGAUUUAUCAACCACAGCUGCAAUCCAAACUGUUACGCAAAGAUCAUCACUGUGGAGUCUCAGAAGAAGAUAGUGAUUUACUCCCGGCAGCCGAUAAGCGUUAAUGAAGAGGUCACAUACGACUACAAGUUUCCAAUUGAGGAGACAAAGAUUCCCUGUUUGUGUGGAGCAGAUAGCUGCAGAGGCUCCUUGAACUAAUCCCUAAUGAAGUGUCCUGAUUAUGUCAAGAGCCAAAGUUGCUUGAGGCACUGUACAAUAUAAACACAGACCUUGAAGGUGUGUAAAAAAAAGCCAUUUGAUACUAUUAUAAAAGGUCUUGAGGCCAGACAGGAAGUCAUAAAGACAGCAGAUGAGCUAUAGUGCUGCUCAGUGAAUAAUGAUUUAACCCUUAUGCAUUACUGGGGACAUUUUACAAUUUUUUCAUAAUUUUGGCUCUGUCAACUCAGUGCAAUAUAUAGUAUUUUUAAGAUAAUAGAAAGGGCAGAUGUUGUCCUCUAAGUUAAUAAUUGGGAGUUUCUUCUUAAAUUGACACAAAAUAAAAGAUAUAAAAUGCAUCGAAAUCAAUGCCAUUGUUAAUCAUUGACUUACCACAAACUUGAAAAAAAAAACAACCUAGCAUUUCGUAUACAGAUAAUAAUUUGUGUAUUCUUCAUGCAACAUAAAAAACAACAGUGGCACUUUGUAAACAAAUAGGGAAUUUAAAGGGUUAAAAUUUUGAAAAUGAGUGAAUAUUUCAUAUUACCAGGACUGAAGUUGGUUAAAAGCAUUAACUCAGCCAAGGUGGAAAAUACUAUGGAUAUAUAACUUUGUGGCAGUUUUUGACAGAUUUUUUUUUUUACUUUUUUAGGGUUAAUAAACUAUCCUAAACAGCACUUAAGGCAGAGCACAUGGAUGUUGGAUAUUUUUACUUUAUCAGUGAAGGUCUGGCGUAAAAUAAUUACGUGCCACCUGCAGACACUGGUAACCACUGCUAAAACAAAAUCCUCAUUUUCAGGUAAAACACUACAAAACACUUGUUUGGUUGGUACAUUCCAGUUUAUGAACUCAUGGCAAUUACUGUUUCAAAAGUCGCAAUUGCUGCUCUUUCCACAUGGAGCUGCACCACAAACAUCAUGCAAAGGACCUCUGUUACAUGGAUGUCUGUUGACCUAAUUGCCCAAAUGAUAACAAAACUGUACAGUUAAAUGUUUUCAUUUAUGAGAGCUUAAAUGGUCUUUUGCUUGAGUCAAGCUUAUAUCAAUAAUAUUGGUUUUCUUGAUAACAUUUUUUAUAUAAAAAAAAGAAAGCGUUGCCUUAUUAUUAAGUUGUGAUGGACUCUUCCUGGAUAUAAACUCAUGAGGUGAUCUUUCAUUUACAUCUGGAGAGGUUACAAUGAAGAACUUUUUGACUCAAAAUAAAUGUUACAUUGUCAUAAAACAUGCAAGUCACAAAAAAUUAAAGAAUAACAACUAAUAAA